GAUAUACGUCUUCGUCUCCCUCGGCAGCACUUCCACCGUCGGUGCUGCUGUUCGCCGUCCGUCGCUACUGUCUUCCACCGCCCGUCGCUGCGCUGCUGUCUUCCGCUGUGCGUCGCCUUCUGUAUUCCGUCACUGCCGGCCGCCGUAGAGAGUGGUUGAAAGAGAUCAUACAGAUGGGAGAGGAAAAAAAGAACAAGAGGGAUAUUAUCCCAUCAAUGAUAAAGAACAAGGAAAAGAGGAAAGAAGUUCACGCCAACCUCAAGCAGCAGAAGAAGCUUGAGAAACGCAAGAGGGCCAAGGCUCGUGAUGCUUCUGAAAAGCAAGCUCUUGAACUUGGAGAAGAACCUCCUCCCAGGAUGAUUCCUCGCACCAUUGAGAACACCAGGGAGGUUGAUGAGACUGUUUGCAAACCUGAUGAUGAAGAGCUAUUUGCAGGAAAUGAUGCCGAUGAAUUUAGUUCGAUCAUAAAGCGCCACACUUUGCCAAAAGUUCUGAUAACUACUUGUCGUUUUAACUCUACUAUUGGACCUUCGUUUAUAUCAGAGUUGCUUUCAGUGAUUCCAAAUGCACAUUACUACAAGAGAGGAACUAACGAUUUGAAGAAGAUUAUAGAAUAUGCAAAUGCCAAGGACUUCACUUCUUUGAUGGUUGUUCAUACGAGUAGGAGGAAAUUAGAUGGCCUUCUAAUUAUUGGCUUGCCUGAGGGACCUACUGCCCAUUUUAAGAUAUCAAAUGUUGUCUUACGAAAGGAUAUUAAGAAUCAUGGAAAUCCAACCAGCCAUGAGCCAGAGCUUGUAUUGACUAACUUCACAACGCGCCUUGGUCUCCGUGUUGGAAGGUUAAUUCAAUCACUAUUCCCUCAAGAUCCUAAUUUUCGUGGUCGGCGGGUUGUAACUUUUCACAACCAACGGGACUUUAUAUUCUUCCGGCAUCACCGUUACAUUUUUGAUAGCAAGGAAAAUAAAAAAGAGGCUGACUCGAAAAGUAACUCCAAGGAUGCCAAGGGUGAGAAAGUUCCUAAGCAGAAAGUAAUUGCACGACUUCAGGAAUGCGGUCCUCGUUUCACAAUGAAAUUGAUUAGUUUGCAGCAUGGGACCUUCGAUUCUAAAGGCGGGGAAUAUGAGUGGGUUCAUAAGCCUGAAAUGGACACAAGCCGCAGAAGAUUUUUCUUGUGAAUGCUAAAUGGAGUUAUUCAUUUCUAUUUCCGGGGAGUAAAAGUUGUUCUGACUGAAGCUAUCUAAUAUUAUGUGUAGACCAUUGAUGGGAUCCGAAUCACUUUUUCAGCCUGAUUGUAGUCGAAGUUGAGAGAGGAGGGCGGCUAGCAACGACAUUCCAGCAGAGGUGGAGGAGAUGGCUGACAGCAAAGAAGACUAGGCGGUUUAUGGAUUGUGGUUUAAGUUUGUUUUGUUUUAAUAAUCAAGAGAGAAAUUUAUCAAUUUUUUUGUUUUAAUCUCAUUU